CCCCCCCCAUGGCAAGAUCCAUCCCACCCUACGCGCAGACCCCUCCCCCAAAAAGAAAGGAAACGUCAAGGGUGCACUUUAUAACGGAAACCCGGGUUCGAAUGGUCCAUCUCGAUGGCAGAGAGAGAGAGAGAGAGAGAGAGAGAGACAGAGAGAGGGACGCUUACCCUGCUAUCAACCAACUCCCUUCGACUGCAUUCGCGGCGAUGCGCCGCAACAACCCCUGCGCUUAUGGGGCCUGCAUCGGAUGCUCCCUGUACGGCUUUCGAGACAUUGGCUGCAGUUCUGUGCCUCGUCGCACGCCAGCCAGGCACUGGCCAUCGUCACUUGACAGUUCGAGGACCGCGAUGGCACACUUUUGCAGAAUUCAUCUUGUUUUCACCGUCUCCAGGUUGCAUCGGACCCGGAUAUAUAAUGCGCGGAAGCCUCCCCCCCCCCCCUGGGUUCCUUCUCUCGUGCUUCGUCUUGCUGACCUACCUGGAUGGCACACCACCAACUCGAUCCCCCACUCUAACGACACGGCGCCAGCUCUGCAGGUCCGGUAUGGCGUGUGCUAGCGUCUGGACGCCAACCCGCCUCCCUCAAACCCAUUGGGGCCGUUUUUUAUUUUAUCUUUAUUUUUAUUUUAUAUCUCGACUGAGGAGGGGAACAACCGCACAUUGCCUUCCAGUUCUAGGGAAAUAAGAGCCGGAAUCACGGUGUGCCAGCUCUUUAGCAAACGCCAUGGGCGCAUUAGGCCUUUG